CCGCCGCUUCGCGGCGAGGGAUGAAGAUCAGCGCACUACGAGCGAUGUCAGGGCUGCUGCCGCCGUCGGUUAACACGCACAGGUUCACACCCAUCCUCGCUGAUACCUUCUGAAAACUCUGUACGACAUCGCGCGAAACGAAGAGGAUCAGUUUCGAACGACGAAAUUGGUCGUUGUCGAGUUACGGUAGUGAAUAAUCGAUGCGAUCGAAGCGUGUUUCGGUAUCGGUGAAAACGAUUGUAAUCGAAGAAUAGAGAAAAAGUGUUCUAACGUGCAUCGGAACAGAGAGAGAGAGAGAGAGAGAGAGAGAAAGAGAGAGAGAGAGAGAGAGAUAGAGGGAGGGAGUACACAUAGUAGGGUGGCUGGAUUGCGCGAGAUCCGAUAGCAGGAUCGAAGGUAAAGGAAAGAGACACAAAGAAGAAUAAGAGAGGAGAGAGGUUAAGCGUGUACAUAAUUCGGAUAAACUCGACAGGAACAUUUAGCGCGAAAGUAGUAGUGGAGACGUGUGUGUGUUAAUCGUUCGAGCGAGAAAAUUCAUGUUUGGUCCUGCGUGCGAUCGGGAUGUCGUAAGUGUCCUUCCUGGAGGGUGGGUGGAAGGGAGUGUGCAAGGGUGGGAGGGAAAGAAGAUAAUUCGGAGAGGAGUGCAUAUAUGGGUUUCGACGUUGAAAGAGAGCGUGUUUCACUUAGUGUGCGUAUCAUCGAAGUAAGCGAUGAGGCUAGCCGUCGAGGAGAAUUCGUUGGUCUCGUCGAAUCGAGACUCGUUGCACGGAUGCCACUUGCAAAGACCCAUGCGCUCAAGGAUGCAAGCAAUCAGGAUGAGCAAACCGAGCGAGGAGUCGCAUUCGGUGGAAGCUGUAAUCGAUAAGCUUGGACUCGAGAGAUUCUGAACUCUGUGAUCAUUUGUGGAAGGCGACAUUGUUAGUUGAGGAUGUAGGGGGGCCCACGCUCGGGGCCCCAGUGAGGGUUUCCUCCGGACUCUUGUCACGCUCGCGUUCAAACAACUAAAGAGAGGCGUGUAUCGAGAUACUUUGCAAGAUCUUCUUGCAACCGUCGCGUCGAAUCGAAUUCCAGUCGAUUACCUGUAAUCGAAGCGAAGCGAGGCGUUUCAAGAUCGUUUCUCUUCAACCGGACCGGAAAUAAAACAGGCUGAAUCUUUUUAUCGAAAGGAACGAUCAGCAGCCGAUCGAAUAUUUUGAAAGAAUAUCUCGUCGAUAGUCUUCUCGUCGUUCGUAGUCGUUAUAUCGGUGUACGUUGACGCAACAGCCUUAGUAAUCGUUAGUGAAGUUUGAAAUUGCCGCGCGACUCGACGAAUCAACCGAUCGAAAACUGUGUUCGAAGUCAUCGAGGAUGUGUUCGCGUUUACGGAAAACGUAGGUGUUGCUAGCGGAAAUAUAGGUCGCCAAGUCGAUAGUAGCAUGGAACGCGAGGAUGCAAGAGGAGCAGCAAAAAGAAUGGAACGCGAUAACGACGUUAAUAACGGCCGAUCGUUUUUUCGGUGAUGAUGGGGCGUCUUCGCGUGUCGUCAAGUUUAAUCGUGCACGUCGCGUCAAGAUUCGGCCGAGGUGUCGUUCUCUCCUUGUAAUCGAGUAGACCAGCGUCUAUCAUAGAAGCCAGCGAAAAUGGUCGAUUUAGGGGGAUACAUUAUCAUACUGAUCAACCACAAUGACAAGAUCAAACUGUACGGUUCACCGGCCGACAACGCGGACACGUUGGAAGUGGCCGAUGAAAUUUUACAAGUCAAUGGUAGUACGUUGGAAAAUGCCAGCCAAUCCGAAGUCAUUCAAUACAUAUAUCAGUGCAUCGAAUCGCGAACGAUAUGUCUGCGAGUACGAAGGAGAAGCGGAAACAAGAUGGUAGAACUGGACGGUUUCAACGCUGGUCGGGUGCGAGAAGCUUGGGUCAUCGCCGUCGAAAGACGAGCAAAAGAAAGGCUGCAGAGACUGGCAUCCCACUGGAGGAUUCAACCGCGCGAUAUUCAAGCGAUUUUGCACCAGCAGAUCAACGAGGCGGUCGCGUCCACGAGCGGGGACAGCGCGGGCAAAAAUGUGACAGGCAACCAAAUAACCGUGACGCUCGCCGACAAAGAACCAAGCUCGAACUCGUUCAGCACGAAGCUGAGCAACGGCACGAUACCAAAGGGCUUAGGAAAGGACUCGAAGGACACCAAAGAAGGAAAAGAGGCGGCGGAGAAACAGCAGAGCUGUCCCGAGGAGACGAACCUUUUGAUACCGGUGCAAAGCGGAAGAACCGGGGAACGACGCGCCAGCAGUCCCUUCCAAAAUGGCCAGACAGAAGUUCUGAUCGGAGAACCGGAGGGCGGCCCAAGGUCGCCGCGAGGAUCCACCUCUUCGGCGGUGAACGACGCCAAUUUCCUCAACACACCGGAUGAGCGCGACGAUCAGAAGCCCAUUUGCAGGUCCCGAAGGCGUAGCGGCGUGACGGACAUACACUCGCAGCAGCAACAGCAACACCAGCAACAACAACAACAACAACAGCAGCAGCAGCAGCAGCAGCAACAGCAGCAGCUGCAGGAGAACAACAACAGCAGCUCGCGGGACGGGAAGAAAUCUGCGGAGGGGCUGGUUCCCGAUGAGAUGUGGGCCCCUGGCGGGAUAGGGCCUCACCGGGAGCUACCAGUCGAUGUGCCCGACACCCUUCUGCAGAAGGCCUAUCCCAACAAGGCCGGUCUGAACGGAGUGAAACCUGCCAUCCCUCCGAGAGAUCAAAAACGGGCACCUGCCAGACCACCGAAAGAUAAUCUACGUUUGUCCGCCACGCAGAACAACAAUGUGGAGUCCACCGAUAACGCGAAUGCCGAGCCCACGCAGCAGCAACUGCAUUCCAUCAGGAAAUAUCAGGAGCAGUUGCGGAAACGGAAGGACGAAGAGGAGAGACAAGAGAUACUCAAUCGAUCGCUUCGCGGAUCUAGAAAGUUGCAGGCAUUGGAAAGUCACGCGACGAGUCUUUCUGGCCAAGAGAAUCCUGCUUACGCUCAAGACGAGGUGACCACCGUUGCCCGUUCGAGCCAUGUCGCUGCGAACGCGACGCAAGAAGUCGAGGAGCCUCCCAGACCCCUCACGUACGGAGAGGUCGUCGCUACGUUGGAGAGGCUACAGCUUCAGUUACGCAGCAUUUCCGGUGCCCUAGGCAUCUCUGGUCCAGGAGUAGAGGCCGAAUUGGAAGCGGUGCGGACGCUUCUGGUGCAGAGUCGGUUCGCGUCCGCUCUAGCGACCCACCAUGUUCUCAAGAACCGACUGAAAUCCAACAAGGUUCUGAAACAUCACGCCGAGGACGCGUCCAGCUUGGCUCGAGACGUCGUCGAUAUUCUGGAGAAAUGGCAAUCGUCCUCGACGACGACGACGAGCGUCGGCGGAGCGGAAACGAUCGCCGCCGUAGAAGAGCUGACUGGAAUGUUGACGAGCUACGACAUGGAAGCUCUCCUUCUCUCCCACGACUCCAUCGUCUCGUGCGUGGACGGAUUGCAGAGAAAGCAGAGUCCUUCCUCCUCGUCGCCCAGCGGUCCUCCCAGUCCGAAUUCCAACUGGAGAGGCUCGCGAGGCGUCGACAACAUCAAGAUCAUCCGAAUCGAGAAAACUAACGAACCUUUGGGUGCUACGGUCAGAAACGAGGGAGAUGCUGUUAUCAUAGGCCGCGUGGUUCGUGGAGGUGCAGCGGACAAGUCUGGACUACUGCACGAAGGGGACGAGGUUCUCGAAGUGAACGGUGUGGAAAUGCGCGGCAAAAGCGUGAACGAAGUAUGCGACAUUCUGGCUGGCAUGCAAGGUAGUCUGACGUUCCUCGUGCUUCCGGCUCCCACCAGUCACAGAAACAAUUUGUCGAACAGAAGGGAGGACACCAAUCAGAUACAACAUAUACGAGCUCAUUUCGAUUACGAUCCGGAGGAAGAUCCUUAUAUCCCUUGUCGAGAGUUGGGUGUCAGCUUUCAAAAGGGCGACGUGUUGCACGUGAUCUCUCAGGAGGACCCUAACUGGUGGCAGGCGUACAGAGAGGGAGAAGAGGAUCAGACGCUGGCUGGCUUAAUACCCAGCAAAGCUUUCCAGCAUCAACGAGAAUCCAUGAAACAAACCAUCGCCGGUGACAAAUCGACGGUACGCGGUUCGAAAAAGUCCAGUACGUUGCUGUGCGCCAGAAAGAAUCCAAAGAAGAAAAAACGAAACAAAUUCGGGGCAAACUACAACGACGACGGCUAUCCGCAUUACGCGACAACUGCCAUCGAUGUCCGAAUCGAGAAAACUAACGAACCUUUGGGUGCUACGGUCAGAAACGAGGGAGAUGCUGUUAUCAUAGGCCGCGUGGUUCGUGGAGGUGCAGCGGACAAGUCUGGACUACUGCACGAAGGGGACGAGGUUCUCGAAGUGAACGGUGUGGAAAUGCGCGGCAAAAGCGUGAACGAAGUAUGCGACAUUCUGGCUGGCAUGCAAGGUAGUCUGACGUUCCUCGUGCUUCCGGCUCCCACCAGUCACAGAAACAAUUUGUCGAACAGAAGGGAGGACACCAAUCAGAUACAACAUAUACGAGCUCAUUUCGAUUACGAUCCGGAGGAAGAUCCUUAUAUCCCUUGUCGAGAGUUGGGUGUCAGCUUUCAAAAGGGCGACGUGUUGCACGUGAUCUCUCAGGAGGACCCUAACUGGUGGCAGGCGUACAGAGAGGGAGAAGAGGAUCAGACGCUGGCUGGCUUAAUACCCAGCAAAGCUUUCCAGCAUCAACGAGAAUCCAUGAAACAAACCAUCGCCGGUGACAAAUCGACGGUACGCGGUUCGAAAAAGUCCAGUACGUUGCUGUGCGCCAGAAAGAAUCCAAAGAAGAAAAAACGAAACAAAUUCGGGGCAAACUACAACGACGACGGCUAUCCGCAUUACGCGACAACUGCCAUCGAUGAUUACGACAGCGAGGAGGUGCUAACGUACGAGGAAGUAGCGCUUUACUAUCCCAGGGCAAAUCAUAAGAGACCGAUCGUGCUGAUAGGGCCACCGAAUAUCGGACGACACGAAUUGAGACAACGACUGAUGCAGGACAGCGAACGUUUUGCGGCAGCCAUUCCUCACACCAGUCGUCCCAGGAAGGAUUCCGAAGUGGACGGCCAAGACUACCACUUCAUCUCCCGUUCUCAAUUCGAGUCGGACAUUCUGUGUCGAAAGUUCGUCGAGCACGGCGAAUACGAGAAGGCGUAUUACGGCACAUCGGUGGAGGCUAUCCGAUCCGUCGUCAACUCCGGCAAAAUCUGUGUUCUUAAUCUCCAUCCGCAGAGCCUGAAGAUCCUGCGUAACUCGGACUUGAAGCCUUACGUAGUGUUCGUCGCGCCACCGAGCUUGGAGAAACUUCGACAAAAGAGGAUCAAGAACAACGAAAGUUACAAGGAGGAAGAAUUGAAGGACAUAAUAGAGAAAGCGCGAGAAAUGGAGGACAAGUACGGUCACCUGUUCGACAUGAUCAUCAUAAACACCGACACGGACCGAGCUUACAAUCAGUUGUUAACGGAGAUCAAUUCGUUGGAGAGGGAACCCCAGUGGGUCCCCGCGUCUUGGAUACAAUAAAACCUUUCGACGCGACAGCCUUUCGAACCAUCGAAUCAGAUUUUCGCUGGAACUCGCGACGAAGGCCAGUAGUAUUCGCGACUCGAGAGAGGCGACUCGAAAGUCUGACUGGAAGAAAUUGUCGAAAGGACAGGUUUUUCUACCGGUGCCUGCUGUGUUAUACACGAUAUUACGUUUCGUAGAGUCGCCAGGCUGCCGUACUCCAAGUACCGGUGCUUCGGUGCAGUCUUCCGUGUCGUAUUUGGUGCCAUUGGAUGCUCGAGGAUCGUUCGUUCCUCGAGUUCGAGCUUCGCAUAGCGUCGCGUGGAAACAGAUACGCGAGAUAAAUAACCUCGUCUCUGGAGUCGAAUAAAUCCCAAAGAAAAUCCUUUGGUUGUCGAUGCACGACGCACGUCUCUCGAGGAUUUCACUCUGCACAAUUUGUGUUCGCGAGAGAUACGGUAUUGCCUUUCUAAACGGCUACGUUUCUACCUUUCCUCGUAGAAGAAACGGCGUUUUCGCUCGUACAAAAGUAACAUUCACGGUUAACUGUUCGCGGUCCAACUUAUCGUAAUAUCGGUUUCCAUCGUUCUCUCUUAUUUGAAAAACUACGCUUCUGCUGAAAUAAACUCGGCCAUUUAAACGGGCAAUAUCGCAAUCUCGAAGAAAAUAUGUCGCUACGGUUCCACGUAAGAUACUAACGUUUCCCAAAGAUGUGAAUCUUGAAAAAGAUCGCCCCCUCGUUCUUUCAGGAAAUCGUCGCAUUUUUCUAACGCGCGGAACCCGAAAGAAUCCUGUUACGCGCUCGUGCGCGCGCGCGCGCUUACGGAAAGAACGCGUUCGCGGCCGCUUUUUUGUCGCGUAACAUUCAGUAGUUUCGAAGAAGUCUUACGUAAAGGAACGUCACGCUGUACUUUAGCCCGGAAAUCUCGCGAAUCGUUCGCGAUCAACGUCUCUUGGUACUUAUAAUUCGUGUGAACUAGUAAACUCGAAGAUGGCGGAACACUCGUAAACGUUUCAUCGUUCGCCCUAGGCACUCUCUCGUGUUUGUUUAGAGAUGAAGAAAUCAUACCUUCUGCCCCUCCCUACCCCCGUAGAUCCUCGUUAAAUGAUCGAUAGACUUAGGCUCGUGUGUGAACCAGCGUAAACAGAUGUUUGAGAAACUUUGGAUUAAAACGAAAAAAAGAAAAAAGAAAAAAAAACAUAACAAAGACGACGAAGAAGAAGCGGAGGAAGAAGGAGAAAAAGGAAAAGAAGUUCUACGGUAUUUAUUACGUUGCUUUCUUCGAUACAUAAAAGUUUCUUUCGUUCUUUUUUUUUCUUUCUCGUCUGAUGUCGCGGUUUGCGUCGGUCACGUAUUAUUCACGAACCAUUUGCAUCUUCUUUAGGCGACUAGCAAUAACGAAGGAUGUAAAAAUCGUGGCCCCAGGGGAAGAAAGUAAUAAUCGUACGAUGAUCGAUCGGUUUCGGUUGCGCGAGCAAAUAAUUUGCCAGGGUAGUUUAACCCUUUCGCUGCGGACCACGUACACGGGGUGUCAGACUGAAAAUUCAUUUCGAUCGAAGAAACGAAGAAAAGGUCCUGUAUCGUUUUGUAAUUAAAGGUUCUCGUUGACGAGAUACACGGGAUGAGAAAUUUGCUGCUGCUUAAUUUUACCGGGGUAACAUGUUCAGCGCGUAGCCCGUUAAACGACUAAUGUCGCGGCGAAAGGGUCCGUUUCGGUGCCAGAAGAAUAGGAGAAAGAAAAGCGAGAAAACGAUAUCGUUUUUACAGUCUGUCCGUUUGACUUCAGGUAGGAAAUCGCGCACGAUGUAUUGUCGGAAGUAUUGUGCCAAGUAACGGAUCGCGCGUUCAACGGACACGUAAAACCUGCGAUGUGCCAAACUAUCGUCUGGAUAUUCCCAGACGGUUCCCGUCCAGGGAAAAGUUGAAGUUUCCGAAAGAACCAGCGAAAUAGAGAAAGGAUGAGAGAGAGAAAGAGAGCGAAACAGAAUGGGAAACACGCUCAACGGCACCUUCGUAUCUGUCAUUAUAUUGAUUCUGUAAAUAUUUGUGCACUUGUAUAGAAAAAAGAGAUGAUGAAUAAGAAGUUUAUCGUUAUUAUUA